CUAACAUUUUAUAUUGUUAAUCAAGAAGCUUUUUUUCCCUUGUUAGUAACAUUUUAUAGAGAGUGAAAGUUGAUAGUUUUUGCAGUGAAAAUUCAUUGGAUUCGACGAUCUUUUUCCUUGGUUUUUCAUUCAUCUUGUUCAUUGUUGGUGGAUGAAUAUAACUAUUUGACUAUGGAAUGGGAAUCCCAAGAGGGGUUAGUAGGCCCAUUGCUUGAUAACAACUAACAAGAAUCUUGACAGAUAAUCACAAGUGAGAGAGAGAGAGGGAGGAUCUCAUUCUCAAGUUUGUACCGCAUAAAAUAGAUCUCAUCUUGCAGAUUCAUACAACUUAGCCUUUUUCUACUCUCAAUUCCAAAAGUACUUUUGGUAUUUCCUAAAGCCUUGAAAGGAAUUUUUGAGUCAAAUCAGAUUCUCUCAUCAAUACUAACCAUCAAGAGGCCUUCUUGGGAUUCAACCAUCAAAUUCACUAAUAAUUUCCAAGCAUCGUAUUCCGGCAAAUCGACCAAAGUUAGAACCGGGUGAUGUUAGUAGCAAUGGAGGAAGGUGUUCUUCCUCUGAGUAAUAUCCUGAGCAGUGAAGCUGAUGCCUUAGAUUUUGAUUACAUGGAUGAACUGUUGUUGGAGGGGUGUUGGUUGGAGGCGAAUGGAUCUUCGGAAAUCCCACAUUUUGAUUGCCUGACUCCGAUUUCCCCCUUUGAGCCGUCCUUCUCCUGGCCUGCACUCGACUCCAACAAUGGCGAACCACUCGAGGAGGAGAGGAAGAGAUCAUCUUUCCCUGAGAAUCUAUCCAUCAGUCCCUUGGUCGACACCUCUGUUGAGGGCAAGAGGUGGUGGAUCGGACCACGAGCUUCGUUGUCAGUGAUGGAGAGGUUGAUUCACGCAGUGGGUUUCAUGAAGAGCCUGUCGGGAAACAAGGACGUCCUUAUCCAAGUAUGGGUGCCGGUUACGAGAGGAGGCAGGCGCGUGCUCACCACCAACAACCAACCUUUCUCCCUCGACCUCAACUGCCCCAAGCUGGCUCAUUACAGAGAGAUCUCCGUCAACUUCCUCUUCCCUGCCGAUGAGGAUUCCAUGGAGGUGGUGGGGCUGCCUGGCCGGGUGUACCGGAAUAAGGCCCCCGAGUGGACUCCUGAUGUCCGUUUCUUCUCGUGGGAGGAGUACCCUCGAGUUGCCCACGCGCACCAAUAUGAUGUUCGAGGCACUCUUGCUGUCCCCAUUCUUCAACAAGGCAGUUGCGAUUGUUUGGGCGUCAUUGAAGUCAUCUUGACCAAACAGAAGAUCCAAUACCGUCCAGAACUCGAGAGUGUCUGCAAAGCUCUUGAGGCUGUAGAUCUGAGGAGUCCUGAGCUUUCGAGCACUCAAAAGGCGGCUAAGGCGUGUGAUUUAUCUUACCAAGCUGCAUUGCCCGAAAUUAUCGAGGUUUUGAGAUCCGCGUGUGAAACUCAUGGGCUGCCCUUGGCUCAGACGUGGGUGCCCUGCGUCGUGCAAGGCAACCGAGGGUGUUGGAGCUCGGACGAGAACACGAAAAACUGUGUUGCGCCCGUGGAAUCCGCUUGCUACAUAGGUGAUUCUCGCAUCAAGGGGUUCCACGAGGCCUGCUACGAGUACCACUUGUUGAAAGGUCAAGGUAUAGUCGGGACAGCGUUUCAGACGAACGAGCCUUGUUUCUCGCCUGAUGUGUCCGCGUGUAGCAAGGCGGAUUACCCUCUGUCUCACCACGCAAGGAUGUUCGGACUGAAAGCUGCAGUCGCAAUACGUUUGAGGAGCACUUGUACUGGUCCGGCCGACUUCGUCUUGGAGUUCUUCCUCCCCACAAACUGCAACAGCCCGGACGAGCACAGGAAGAUGCUUACUUCUGUGUCUACGAUCAUCCAGAACGUCUGCACCACUUUACGCGUUGUCACUGACAAAGAGUUGAAAGAGGAAGCUGCAUUCUCGAAGCCGUUGGCAGAAUCCUCAGAGAUUAGGUUAGGCCAGCCCGAUUCCGAUUCAAAACAAGGCGUGGCGUUUGUUGCAAACACCUCUGCAUCAUGCCACAGUAGCUCGCUGUAUAUGAAUAAAACGGGAGAGAAGAGACGAAUCAAAGCCGAGAAAACUAUUACCCUCGAGGUUCUCAGGCAACACUUUGCCGGAAGCCUCAAAGAUGCUGCAAGAAAUCUUGGUGUUUGUCCCACGACGUUGAAGAGGAUAUGCAGGCAAAACGGGAUACAGCGUUGGCCCUCUCGGAAGAUCAAGAAGGUCGGCCACUCCUUACAGAAGAUCCAACGUGUGAUCGACUCUGUUCAGGGGGCCUCUGCCGAUUUGCAGAUCGGAUCUUUCUACUCCAACUUCCCGGAGUUGGCAUCCCCGAACGCCUCAAGAACGACUCAGUUCUCAAACUCCACGUUGGCUGACGACAAUCUCAAUCUCAAGCCCUCCGAGGCACAGCCGGAGAGCAGCGUUUUGGCACCCCCACCCACUGCAUCUCUAUCUCCUUCCUCGUCUUGCAGCCAGAGCUCCGGCUCGAGCCAGUGCUGCUCCAGCGGGGCGCAACCCUUGAGCGUUGGAGGCCAAGACAACGCGUCUCUUAAGGACGAAGCAGCCAACAAGGUGCUCAAGAGAACUCGAAGUGAUGCAAAUCUACACUUGUGGAAUGAUGAAGCUAAGCCCCCCCCGAGGUCCCACAGCCACGUGUCAUUGUCUUGGCCGGAUAGGCAGGGAUGCGCCCUUCCUGCAGGAGACGACAAUGGCCAGAAAUCUCGAGAGAGGGAUGGCCCGAGGAUCAAGGUUACGUAUGGAGAAGACACGAUCAGGUUCCGCAUGGAGAGCAACUGGAGAUACAAAGACUUGUUGCACGAGAUCUCUAGGCGAUUCGGGGUGGACAAUGCAGGUGGCUACCACCUCAAAUAUCUGGACGACGACGCAGAGUGGGUGCUGCUGACAUGCGACGCCGAUCUAGAAGAGUGUGUCGACGUAUGCUACGCAACACGAAGCCAGACGAUCAGGCUCGCCUUCCUUCAUGAUUCACAGUCACAGAUUGCUAGGUCUUUCAGCAUUAGAGGUACAAGUUUGUAGUUGCUGCUGCUUGGAUACAGAAAGCUCUAGAACCAAUCUUUCGAAGAUUCCAGAAGCUGCGCAUGAGCAGUAUUUUGCGUUUAGCCGCAAAGGAUAUUAGUAGAGAGGAGAGGGCUGCCUCGUGCUUGUGUCGCUUCUGUUUUGUUGAUUAAGCUCGGCUCGUCUGAGAGUCGAUUAAAUGAUAUUUGAGCUGAGCUCGUGAAAGGCUUGAAUUAUGCCGAACUCGACCCAUUACUCGAGCUCGGCUGGUUUAAGUGCUCGAGGGGAAACUAUACAAGGUUACAUGUUCAUUUUGUCUCAAGCUUGUCUUCUCAAAAUUUUGAAAUUUGAGAAGCUGUGUAUGCUGCAAAAUCUGAUGUCUGUUUGCAAGAAUGGAGACUUCCUUUUUCAUGGAAAUUGCACCUUUAGCACACUGUAAAUUUGUAUUCUUCUUUAGAAAUCCGAUAAAUUUCAUUGUGAUAAAA